AUUAAACCUGGCGACGACCUUGAAAUAAGCUGCGUCAAUUCAAAUUCAAUGCUGCUACAUAUGACUGUAUUGAAUAAUGCUUCAAGCUGAGGUGCUUUAUCCACUGGGAAUAUUCAUGCUGUCUCUUUUGGUGUUGUUCGUUUAUUUUCACCAACUCUGCUUCUUUUUUAUAUCUCUGUAUACAGCUCGAUAUUUAAUGUAUCCAAAAAGACCGACCACACUACUCGAAGCACCUGGAGUUUCAGUUGUAAAACCCUUAAUGGGUAUUGAUGGUUGUCUACGUGAGAAUCUCUUAAGUCACUUCACAAUGAACUAUCCUCGGUUCGAACUGCUAUUCUGUGUCCAAAAUGAAAAUGAUCCGGUUAUUCAGUUAUUGCAAUCACUGUGUGAGCUAUAUCCUCAUGUAAAUGUCCGAUUAUUUAUUGGAGGUAAAGAUGGAGUAAUCAAUCCUAUGGUUCAUAAUAUGGUACCAGCCUACGAAGCUGCAAAAUAUGAUCUUGUUUGGGUUAGUACAAGUCGUGUAAAAGCAUCUACAGAGGUUAUCUGGGAUUUUGUUGAUAAAGCCAAUGAUCCGUCAGUUGCCAUCGUUCAUCAGUUACCAUUUUUCUCUGAUCAUCCGGGUUUCGUAGCUGCUAUAGAAAAGGUUACAUUUGGGUGCUACAUGGCUCGAAGUUAUGUGGCAUUAAAUCAGUUAGGUGUGACAUGCUUUACAGGUAUGUCAUAUAUUGUCAGAAAAUCAAUGUUGGAUGAAGUCGGUGGGCUUGCCUAUUUUGGCAAGUAUUUAGCUGAAGAUUACUUUCUUAGUUCUGCACUGUGUGAAAAAGGUUAUCGUAUAGUUAUGUCAUCAUAUCCAGUAAUGCAAAAUGUUGGUGAUAGUACAUUGGUGAAUUAUAUUAGAAGAAUGGUUCGCUGGCUUCGACUACGGUUAAAUAUGUUACCGUUGGUUUCAGGAGUAUUGGAACCAUUGAGUGAAUCAAUAACUCUUGGUUUAUUAUUUUCAUUAACCAUGGAAUACUUAUUUGAUGUUAAAUUUAUACAGCUGCUUGUGGCGCAUUUUACAAUGUGGAUUAUACUGGAUUAUACACUUUUGCGUUGUAUACAGAAUUCGAAACUUCCAUUCUCACUUCCAAUAUUUCUACUAGCCUGGAUAACUCGAGAAUUGUUGGUUUUUGUUGUGUUUAUCAAAGCACUAUCAAAUCCCUGGUGUAUUAAAUGGGGUAACUAUUAUUAUCGCGUAUAUUUAGGUGGAUUAACUCAACGUCUACCAAGUAAUAAUUCUACUUCCACCUCUUUUGUCAAGAAUAUUCUAUUUAUGAAGAACACAAACUUUAACCAUGAACCAUUAAAAUGGAUAAAGAAAAUAUUUGAAAAGCGUAUAUCAACAGAAAAAAAUGCUCAAAACGAGGCAAACAAUCUUUUAAAUUCAUUUUAUUCGAAUGAAGCAGAAGAAAAUGACUAUAACUGCUCAAAUAAAGAAGUAUUCAGUAAUAAUUCAUACAAUCCUAAUUCAUCAUCGAAGCAACAGUUCACUCCAGUGAUAAUUGAUUCAAAAGAUCAUUCAUCUUCAUCGAUGGCAGGUUUAUCAUGUUUUAUGAAUAAAAGUGACAUCGAUAAGAUUGUUAAUAAUCAUGUUGGUAACAAAAACAUCAGAAAAACUAUGAUUAGUGUUAAUACUUCUAGAGUGAAUUAUGAUGAAAGUAAUCUGAACGAUUUUAUUGCCAACAGCUCUAGAAAUACAGCGAGUAGGAAAAUCACUGAGACUAUUGAAAACAAAUUCGCAAGUGAUAUGCACAUCAAUACUACCGAUGCUGAUAGCAGCAGUAGUACCGGUCUUCUUAAUGCUUUUGUCAGCAGUAUAUCAGGCUUUUAAAAAUAUCUUCUUUUCAAAACUUGUGUCAUGAUUCACUAGUAAAGUAAAACCUGAUACAAAUUAUAAAACUUAUUGAAAAUACCGCGUCUGUGUUUUUAAUGUUCUGGUACGAGAAUGCUGUGAAUCCAAAAUGUGAUAAUCAAAUUUACACACACACACACACACAUACAGCUAGGCAAUACACUAUGUCUACUUAUUACCAAAAUUCAAGUCAGGUUCUAUCUUAAAUAAACUAGCUCAUUAAGGAUAAAUUUCUCUUGUGCAUCUUUCCAUUUACAAUAUUUUGAUGACAUUAUUGUUAGUGACUAUACUGUACUAAUCGCCUCUUCCUAUCGUUUUUUUCCGGUAAGUAACAGAUAUUUUUAUUUAAAAAACACUUACUUUUUAAUUUUAUAAAUGGAUAACUUUCCCUCGUAUAUUUUUUCUUUAUGUUUGAAUUUCUUCAUAAAUAGAGAUGUUUUUCACUUCUGGUAUGUUUGAAAAAUUCUCAGACAUGAAAAGAAAAUAUUGUAUGUUGAUCAUCUAGUUCUAGAGGUAUUUCUUUCCAAGAAACCUACACACUUUCAGAUAUAUCAUCCCACUCAGGACAAAAAAAAUGUGAUAUCUAUUUGAAUGCUAGAAUGUUUUAUUCUUCGCUGUACAGGUUUGUCUCUCUGUUUAGUUGCAUCUUUAUUUAGCGCUGUUUGUGCCUGUCGAUAUACCCAACAGCAUGUAUAUACGUUAAUUCACGAUGCCACUACAUAUUCUGGGAAAUAAUAUGAUAUAUUCGAUUAUAUCUGUUCUUUUUUAAUUUUCUCAAAAAAAAUGAAUAAAUUCAAAAGUAAACAGUUAAAACAGUAACGAAGUGCAUUUUUUUUGUAGACUCGACCACACAUAUGCAAAUUCAUACCUGAAUAAAUCAUAUUCUGUGUAUAAGCUUUUUUCAGUUUCAGAAAAUAGUAAUUACUCUCCAUUUUUAUGAUUUAGAAUCCCUUUUGAAUAUCAUUCCUACUACACAUCACAAUAUUUAUUCAAUCGGCUGGGAGCAAAAAUCAAUCAUCUAUUACCGAUACUACUUCGACACAUAACAUCUAUCAUUUUUACUGUAUAAUAUGAUUGUUAGUAAUUUUUAUUAUCUACUUUCAAAGUUGAUGUGCAAUAAUAUGAUGAAAUAAAGGAAAUUGUUGUCAAUUUUGAUUUUAUUUUGUAUAUAUUGUUCCACAGUAGUCGACUCAAAGUUUACCAGUUUACCUCUUACACUCAUUUUUGGUACCAAGCCUACAAUGUAGAAUUUAAUUAUAACAUUUAUGGGUGUUAUCUACACUCCUUUUUUUUAUUGUAGUGUGUGUGUGCAAUUAAUUCAUUCAUUUAAGUACCCGAUAUCUUAUCCUGGAAACUGAAAUGAUCAUUUGUUUAUCUUUUUUUACUUGGAUUUUCCUUCGUUUUUAUUUAUUUGGCCAGUUUUUGUUUCUUCUUUUCGAUAUAUAAUUUGGUUCCUUGUGUAUGUUUUGAUUUUUGUUACUAUCACCAAAUAUCACAGAAAUGAACAAUCAUAAUAUUUACUUAACCAACUGUUUACUCAUAAAUUCAGUGCCAAAAACACAAAUAAUCAUGUACAAAAGCUGGUAUAAAGCACGCAACGUAAAACAAUGUAGUCUAAUCUAUUUACUAUUUAUUUUGUUUUGCUAACUUUUACUUCUUACCAGUGUUUUUGUUGUUGCUAUAAUUACCACUUGUAGUAAUAUCAUUAUAAUCAAGGCUGUAAUUAUUGCUACUAAUUGUGUUAUUUAGUAUGGUCAGUGUUUGAUUCAUCUGUAUAUGAAGAAAGUAACAUUCAUACCAUUAUAUUGUCUUAACUUAUGAACCGGUGAACCUUACGAACAUUUACUAAAUUGAAUGUG